UGCUCCAUCGCCUGCGCUUUGGCGCUGCUGCUGUGCGCGGUGCAGGAGGAGUCCACCGACCCAGGAGGCAGGAGAGGAGGAGAGGAGGAGAGGAGCUGCACGCUGCUGCCUCCUCGCGCUGGAUGGAUCCACCCGAGCUCGACUUCUCUCACCUCUCCCUCAAGACUCGGGUCUUUAUAGAAACUCCUGUUUCUUUUUUGGAAGAAAGCUUGGAUUUUGUUUCACUCCUCUACUUUUAUCGAUGCCAGUUCAUUUUCAGGAGAACCGAGCCCGGUAAGGUAAGGAAGACUUGUCCUUUGAAGACUCUGUUUCACAAUGGCAACAGGCGUAGCAGCGUGGCUUCCUUUUGCCAGGGCAGCAGCCAUUGGCUGGAUGCCUGUUGCCAACUGCCCCAUGCCUGUUGCCCCGAGAGACAACAGUAAGAGACAGGACGAGCUGAUUGUCCUCAAUGUCAGCGGUCGUCGUUUUCAGACCUGGAGAACCACUCUGGACCGCUACCCGGACACUCUGCUGGGCAGCACUGAAAAAGACUUCUUUUACAAUGAAGAAACCAAGGAGUACUUUUUUGACCGGGACCCUGAGGCCUUCAGAAGCAUCCUCAACUUCUACCGGACAGGGAAGCUCCACUAUCCCCGCCAUGAGUGCAUCUCAGCCUACGAUGAGGAGCUCACCUUCUUCGGCAUCAUCCCUGAGAUCAUUGGCGACUGCUGCUAUGAAGAGUACAAGGACAGAAAGAGGGAGAACCUAGAGCGGCUACAGGAUGAUCAGGAGGAGAACAAGGACAUGAAGCUGCCCAACAUGACCUUCAGAGAGACCAUGUGGCGAGCGUUUGAGAACCCCCACACCUCCACCAUGGCCCUCGUCUUCUACUAUGUCACUGGCUUCUUCAUUGCCGUUUCAGUCAUUACUAAUGUGGUGGAGACGGUUCCAUGUGGUUCCACGUUCAACCAGAAGGAUAUGCCAUGUGGUGAACGCUACACUGUGGCCUUCUUUUGCAUGGACACUGCCUGUGUCAUGAUAUUCACAGUGGAGUACCUGAUGCGCUUGUUUGCUGCACCUAACCGCUGCCGCUUCAUGCGCUCUGUGAUGAGCAUCAUUGAUGUGAUGGCCAUCUUGCCAUAUUACAUCGGCCUGGUGAUGACCAACAACGAGGACGUGAGCGGCGCCUUUGUGACACUGCGCGUGUUUCGAGUGUUUCGUAUCUUCAAGUUCUCGCGCCACUCGCAGGGCCUUCGAAUCCUGGGCUAUACACUGAAGAGCUGCGCGUCGGAGCUGGGCUUCCUCCUCUUCUCUCUCACAAUGGCCAUCAUCAUCUUUGCCACAGUUAUGUUCUAUGCAGAGAAAGGCUCCAGCUCCAGCAAGUUCACCAGCAUCCCAGCUUCUUUCUGGUACACCAUUGUCACCAUGACAACACUGGGGUACGGAGACAUGGUGCCAAAAACAAUCGCUGGGAAGAUCUUCGGCUCCAUCUGCUCCCUGAGCGGCGUACUUGUAAUCGCCCUGCCCGUCCCCGUCAUCGUCUCCAACUUCAGCCGCAUCUACCACCAGAACCAGAGAGCGGACAAACGCCGCGCUCAGAAGAAAACCAGACUGACCAGGAUAAGAAUAGCCAAGUCCAGCAGUGCCAACGCCUUCAUCCAGAGGAAACGCAACGGAAUGCUCAACGAACUGCUGGAGCUGACGGGUACAGAGGAAGAUGAGCAGAAGCUGAUCAAGUCCAUGUCUCUGUUAGAGAGUCAACACCACCACCUACUGCACUGUCUGGAGAAGACCACUGCUCACGAGUUUGUCGAUGAGCUCAUGUACGAGCAGAACUUUUUAGAGUCAGCACUGCAGACGUAUUCACCACGCAGCCCGUCCACAUCCAGCCACGACAGCUCAGUGGCUUCCUGCUGCGGCUGCAGGGCCAAGAAAAACACUCCUCUGCCCAGCGUCGGCACCAGCCAUCCUAUAACGACACAGCAGGGGCCCCUCCAGGAGCUCAGUGCUAUGCACAUACAAUGUGGUGACCCGUCGUCGCACACUGCCAGUCGUUCGAACCUCAACCUGAAAACCGACAACAGUGGCAGGAUCAACUGCAAAAGCGGCCGGAUCACCACGGCGAUCAUUAGCCUCCCGACACCCCCAGCUCUGACCCCUGACGGUGACGGACUCCACGGGCCCCCACAGAGGAGGCUGCCCCCACCAGGUCACCAUGUGGCCCCGCGCAUCCACACCAUCCAGACAGCAACCAGCUCAGCUGGCGCCAACAUCGUGAAAAUCUCUGCUCUGUGACUGUAAGGAAGGAAAAAAAGAGGAGGAAAGUGUCACUACAGCGUUGGACGUAUCAUGUCCGAUCUCACGGGUCAAGCAGGAAUGGCACUGUGAGUCAUUCGUUGAUGUUUAAGAGAUGACAGACGGGGUCUGACGGCACAGGAUUGUAAAUACGUGCACCGAGCAUCGCGCACUCGUCCUGUCGUGUGUGUGUGUGUGUGUACUGUAGAUACAGGCGGAAACCGCUGCAUUUCUAAUAAACAGAUGAUUCACAGGGAGUCCUGUGAGAAAGACUGGGAGACAUCGCUCGGUCAGCAUGUCCAUUCAUGUCGAUAAACCACAACAUCACCGGGAAUGUCAAGUGAAUUCAUCAUGAAAUAGUGAAAAGGGGUGUUUUUGUUGACUUUAACUGUGCUUUAAUGAGACGAAGAAUAAUAGACGGUGUUUACUUGAAUUUGACUGGGUCCUGUUUGUGUUCUGUGUUUUCCGUCUUAAGCAUUUCAAGGGAAAAAAAAGAACUUGAAACCACAUCAGUGGAUUUUUCCAAGAAUGAAAAGUGUUCAGUUUAUUUUGUUGGAAAAUCACACAUCACAAAGACAGAAAACAAUCCUGUUAUAUUUAUUCCCGUCAUGUUUCUCAUCAUGCUUGAUUUCUGACUGGAGAUUAAUUACAGGGAGGGUUUACAGGUUUUCAAACUGAUAUGAAAAAAGAAGAAUUGUUCUUAUCCUGAAACAAACACAGGAGAGGAUAAGGUUUGACAUUGUGUUCCUGCCGUCAACAAAUCACAUGAUAAGAUUUAAGUCUGCUGACCUCUGCCUCCUCUCCAUCCUCCACACCUGCAGGCAAAACGUCGGCAACAGAGCUUUCAGCGGUUCCUGUUUCACCAGGAACCAACUCUGGAGUCGUUUAAAUUCAAUGUUGACAUUUGUUUUUGUCUUUUUUUUCUAUCUAUUGUUCCUGGUACCGUGACCUUGGUAUUUUGUGAAAGGCGCUUUAGAAAUCAAAGUUGUUAUUAUUUAAAAUUAUUUUAUUAUUUUAAAAUAAAAUCCUUACACUUUGAUGCUUUCUGUUCCACCAUGAUUGUGACAGAAACAACUGAGUGUACAGUGGCUGCAUGAGGUGGCAUUUUAAACCAAAUGUAUACUUUUCUUUAAAAAAAAAUAAAAAUCUUUUUGUACAGUUUCAAACAGCUACAUGAGAUUUAUGUGAUAUUUGUAAUGAAUUUUAAAAAAGGGCGCCCAAAUGGGUAAAUGCGUAAUAGAUAGAUUCAUUAAUAUUGAGGUUACUGAGCUUCAUUUACAUAAACUGCACAAUCGCCAGAUGUGAUGAAAACAGCUGAUAAGUGGCUCGUGAUAUGGGAUGAUUUUUUUGUCAUCGAUUGAUCUCAGCGAUGGUCACAUGAUGGCAGCACAGAGCCCUGGUCUGGUUUAUGGCCUUACUCCUGUGUGAAGAUGUUAUUUUUUUUCUCGUGUGCUAUGUGCUCAUCGUCAAAUAAAGAGUGUGUUUAUGUUUCCUUUGCUUAAAAAGAGGAAGAAAAAAACAGUUGUUUGUUGCUGUAUCGGUGAACCUUUCUGUAUUCUGUUAUGUUUUGAAAACCAAGGUGAAAGUAUCCUCUGUGAGAAGUUCUCGUACUUUCUUUGCUGCUAUUGUUUUUUUCAAAAAAAAGUACAAGCCUUUAAGAUAUUUUUUCUUCUCACUGUUUGUGCUGAGAAUGACGGCGUGUGUUCAUGUUCAUGCUCAGAUUGUUCAUCAUUGUCACGCUUCAGCUGUUUUUUCAGAGAAAACUCUUUUCUUACGUCUGUAUGACUUACUGUACGAUGGCUUCUUGUGAUGAAAUGGACUUCAGAUGGCGCUGUUUGGCUCUCUUUCUUUGAGAAAAAAAAAGAGUUGUUGUUGGCAUAUUUUUAUCCUUUUAAAAAAGCGUUUGUGUUUUUUUGUUUGUUUGCUGUGUUUACAGUACAAUGUCAGUUUGUUUGUUACAACUAUGACUCGUGAGAUGAAAAUUAAAACCUG